UCUUUCCUACAGAUAAGUAGCAGCAUUACGAACGUGUUACGGGGAUCGAAACAGCGAAGCCUGGCUGAGGGAGAUGUCGCGGGAGAAAAUCGAUUUCCAGGUUAUUGAAAAUGUUACAAGAGAAGACGUACACAAAGAGCUGCAUCGGUACAGUUUUGAUAAGAAGAACGGCCCUCUGUGGUGCGCCAGACUAUUUCGAGAAAGUGUGGGUGACAGCUUGCUAGGGUAUCCUUACGUGUUUACUGUAUUUAUUGGUAUCCAUCACGUUAUCACCGACGGAACCAGCAAUAUGUUGAUCUGCGGCUUCUUCGCCCAAGUCCUCGAUGACAUGAGCGCAGGCAGACCCAUCGAUGACAAUGAACAGUUUGCAGUCUUCGUAUCACCUGAGAAGACAGAUGCGAUAGUAAAUGAGAAAGUAAAAGCAUUACGGGAUAACUCCGAGCUUCUUCUCCGCCAAACAAAGGAGUUUCAAGCUUGCCAGAAGAAGUCGUUCUACAAAUCGACUUACAAGAUCAAUGAAGACAUGCCUCUCACAACGGGCUUCGAAACCGUGUUUUUCGACUCCGACACCACUGCCUCUUUCCUCAAGCGGUGUCGUGCUGAAGGCGUCACAGUCAACUCAGCUUAUACGGCCAUCACUAACCACGCUAUGAUGGAUCUAAUGGAUGGAGGGCUUGAGAAAGACACAUACCACAUCCGCAGCGACCACGUUUUCAAUGCCCGUAGAUACUGGGGAGAAGCCUCUGAUGGUGAAUACCUUAGAUGUCAUGUGAUGCCGCUCGUGCCUGUGACUGUAGAAACGCCCAGAAACGCUCGCGAAAAUAUCUGGAACUACGUAAGGCAGACGAAUCAGGAACUCAGAAAGAUCUCGACAGACACUGCUUUACCAGAGGAAGCAAUCAAGAAACUCAUACCUGAGUAUUCCGGUGUUUUUGAAUUUGAUUAUACCGUCUCCGACAUGGGAGACGUGACACAUUUGGUAAUGAAAGGUAGUCGAAAUGCAGAGCCAAUCUAUAUCUGUAGGCCUGCCGCCAUACACAAAGUUCCAGCUACUUUCUGCCAUUUCGUCCACACUUCGUAGUCGCCUUGCCGUCAACAUUUUGUAAAGCACAGAACGCAUUAAACCAGAGACCGCAAAACAGUGUGGUCAGUUGGUUUUCAAAUAUCUACAUGCGUCACUUCAAGACAUUGAAUAUAAAUGAAGAAUCAGCGAAGAUACUCUUCGAUGAAAUGUUUGGACGGACUGGGAUCUUGGUAAAUGUUAUGUAAAGUAGCAAUAUGAAAUGUAUUUUUCAUGUGUGUCGCAGGAAGACAAGGUUAAAGCAGUGCAUGGGAUUAUUAACACUGUUUCCUGAAUGUAUAUAUUCCGUGCAUAAAGUGACGUACUGUGAAUGAGUGAGGACAUGGCCCAUGGGUGUGCUGUGCACGCAAGCAUACAAUCAUGGGGCACCUAUCCGCACAGCUCGUGGCUUACCAUGUUUGCAAAUACUUUGCUCUAUGUAUAAUCUCCUUUGUGAAUUAUUUUUUUAAGCAUUUUACUAUUAGUCAAUCUACAGUACUUUAAUAAUAAUUUCUUUUUAAAGAGUCUAAUGUUCUUCCAGUGAAGCUAGAAUAAACAUUUAGUCCUUCAUCAUAUUUAUAAUUUUAUUUAUGCUCACUUAAGUUAAUU